UCGGGCGAAGGAGGGGACAAAGGUCGCCGGUCUCUGGCAGGAGAGCACUUUGCACAGGUACCAGCCGUCUCCAAGCCGCUGCCUGGGGCACUGCGUCUCAGCCGCGCCAGCUAGCACUAGGAGAGGCCCCCACCGUGCCGCCCACCAUGCCGGAACUCACCGCCAAAGUCACCAAGACGCUGAACAGAACCACGCCCGGGCUGCAGAUCUGGAGAAUCGAGAAAAUGGAGAUGGUGCCGGUGCCUCCCAAAAGCUACGGGAACUUCUACGAAGGGGACUGCUACGUGCUGCUGGCGACGCACAAGACCGGGAACAGCUUCAGAUACGACAUCCACUACUGGCUGGGCCGGGAGUCGUCGCAGGACGAGCAGGGGGCGGCCGCCAUCUACACCACGCAGAUGGACGAGCACCUGGGCGGGGUGGCCGUGCAGCACCGCGAGGCCCAGGGCAACGAGAGCAACGUCUUCAAGGGCCACUUCAAACAGGGACUCAUCUAUAAGAAGGGUGGCGUCGCCUCGGGGAUGAAGCAUGUGGAGACCAACACGUACAAUGUGCAACGGCUGCUGCACGUGAAGGGCAAGAAGAACGUGGUGGCUGGAGAGGUGGAGAUGAGCUGGAACAGUUUCAACCAGGGGGACGUUUUCCUGCUGGACCUGGGCAAGCUCAUCAUCCAGUGGAACGGGCCGGAGAGCAACCGCGCCGAGCGGCUGAAGGGCAUGAACCUGGCCAAGGACAUCCGGGACCGCGAGCGGGGCGGGCGUGCCCAAGUGGCUGUGGUAGAUGGCGAGGACGAGGCGACCACCCCAGAGCUGAUGAAGAUUCUCACCCAUAUGCUGGGGGACCGGAGGGAGAUCAAGGCAGCCAUCCCCGACACCGUGGUGGACCAGAAGCUGAAAAGCAUUCUCAAGCUCUACCAUGUCUCCGAUGCUGAGGGGAAUCUGGUGAUCCAAGAGGUCGCCACCCGCCCCCUGACCCAAGAUCUGCUGCAGCACGAGGACUGCUACAUUCUCGACCAGGGUGGCCUGACCAUCUACGUCUGGAAAGGCAGGAAGUCCACCAAGGAGGAGAAGCAGCAGGCCAUGAGCAGAGCCCUGGGGUUCAUCAAAGCCAAGAACUACCCGCCCAGCACCCGCGUGCAGACCGAGAACGACGGGGCCGAGUCGGCCAUGUUCAAGCAGCUCUUCCAGAAAUGGACCGUCAGCAACCAGACCAGCGGCCUGGGCAAGACCCACAGCCUGGGCAAAGUGGCCAAAGUGGAGCAGGUCAAGUUCGACGCCACCACCAUGCACGCCAAGCCCGAGGUGGCCGCGCAGCAGAAGAUGGUGGACGACGGCUCCGGGGAGGUUGAGGUCUGGCGCGUGGAGGACUUGGAGCUGGCGCCGGUGGAGACGCGCUGGCUGGGCCAUUUCUACGGCGGCGACUGUUACCUCAUCCUCUACAAGUACCUCGUCAACAACAAACUGCACUACAUCAUCUACAUCUGGCAGGGCCGCCACGCCAGCAAGGAUGAGAUCACCGCCUCGGCCUACCAGGCCGUCAUCCUGGACCAGCAGUACAACAACGCGGCCGUGCAGGUGCGGGUGCCCAUGGGCAAGGAGCCUGCCCACCUCAUGGCCAUCUUCAAGGGAAGGAUGGUGGUGUACGCGGGUGGCACCUCGCGGGCUGGCAACACGGAGCCGGUGCCGUCCACCCGCCUCUUCCACGUGCAUGGCACCAACGAAUACAACACCAAGGCCCUCGAGGUGACCCCGCGCGCCUCCUCCCUCAACUCCAACGACGUCUUCGUGCUGAAGACGCAGGCCUGCUGCUACCUCUGGUACGGGAAGGGCUGCAGCGGGGACGAGCGGGAGAUGGCGAAGACCGUGGCCGACCUCAUCGCCAAAACAGAGAAGCUGGUGAUAGCCGAGGGCCAGGAGCCGGACAACUUCUGGGUGGCCCUGGGAGGGAAAUCCCAGUACGCCAACAGCAAGCGACUGCAGGAGGAGACCUUGUCGAUAACACCCCGCCUCUUCGAAUGCUCCAAUCAGACCGGCACGUUUGUGGCCACGGAGAUCACCGAUUUUAACCAGGAUGACUUGGAGGAUGACGACAUCUUCCUGCUGGACACCUGGGACCAGGUGUUCUUCUGGAUUGGGGAGCACGCCAACGAGACGGAGAAGAAGGAGGCGGCCGUGAUGGCGCAGGAGUACCUGAGAUCUCACCCCAGCGGGCGCGACUCUGACACGCCCAUCAUUGUGGUGAAACAAGGCUACGAGCCCCCGACUUUCACGGGCUGGUUCCUGGCCUGGGACUCCCUGAAGUGGAGCGACAAGAAAUCCUACGAGGAGCUGAAAGCCGAGCUGGGAGAGGACAGCCAGUUCAGCCAGCUGACGACGGAAAUCACAAGCCAAGACGUUUUCACUGCCAACACCACCUUCGGCUCAAGGACCUUCCAGACCUUCCCCCGGGAGCUGCUGGUGAACAAGUCCUUGGAUGAGCUGCCCGAGGGAGUGGACCCUAGCAGGAAGGAGGAGCACCUGUCCAGUGACGAUUUCACCGUGGUCUUCGGCAUGCCCCGGAAUGCCUUUGCUGCCCUGCCCCUGUGGAAGCAACAGAAGCUCAAGAAGGAAAAGGGCCUCUUCUAAGCGGCGCGGCAGUGAGAUGCAGCCGGAGAUGUUUGGUUUAGUAUUUUUAUUAUUAAGAAAGUAAAAUUAAAGUUAAUUCAGAGAACGGGGCUGCGCGCUUGCCCCUGCUUCGCGGCCUGCUAACCAUUCCUCCCCAUUGUGAUUUUUUGGGCAGGGAAAAUACUGAUCUCCCCCUAGGCUACAAUCUUUACUUUCCAAGCUACCCUCCUGGUUGGGUUGGUUUGACAGCGAUAAGUCGUGUGUGGGGAUCUUGCCUUAGCAAAGUGGUGUGGCAGUGGGUAGGAUGGGUGAGUGUUGACCAGGCUCUCUCGGAGCACGGCUCCUUCCCCCUGGCUUAUUUGGUCUGUUCCCCAACCUCCGCCCGGGAUUGUGCAGAGGCAGCACGCUCAAGGGAGAAACGAGAAUAGAGGUGGGAAUCGGAAACCUCCUGCCCUGUAAUCCCAGCACCACCACCGACCUGCUGGACAGCCGUGGGGAUGUCCCAGCACCUCUCUGCUUCAGUUUUCCCAUCUGUAAAGUGGGGGUGCUUCCAUGCCUUAAGCCGUGGUGUGAGGUGCCAAGUAAUAUGUUGCUAAGUGGGAUUAGAAUGAUCUUCGGUCUUUCUAGAUGUCAGAUCCUUGCAAAGCUGUUUACAUUUUCACAUGCAUUGGUAUCUCACCGCUAAAGAUAAAGUAUACAGCCCACGGCUGCAGCCUCCAUUAGCUAUUAAGCCGUCAUGAAAAGUAUUAUGCAAAUAUUUGUGGUGCUGGAGGUAAAGGUUCCAGCCGCCGCAGGGAGUGACAUGUUAAAAAUCCGUAUGCCACACACUUUACUGAAGCACAGCGCAAACUUUAAUGACCUUGACCACGUUUGUCUUAUUUGUAUUACCAUGGCACCUGCAGGCCCCAAUCAGGUUCGGGGCCCCAUUGUGCUAGGGGCUGUACAAACACAUGGAAAGUCCGCCCCAGUCUAAAGCAGGAUACACUUUGUGGGAGAAAGAGGUGACCGGUAGGUCAGUCUCUACAUUAGCUCUGGUGUAGGUAAUACCUCCUAGGGCAGUGGUUCUCAACUAGGGGUACGCAUCCCCCUGGGGAGUACGCAGAGGUCUCUCAGGGGUACAUCAACUCAUCUCGAGAUUUGCCUAGUUUUACAACAGGCUACAUAAAAAGCACUAGCCAAGUCAGUACAAACGAAAAUUUCCUACAGACAGAAUGAGCAAGUCAGCAAAUUGUCAGUAACAGUGUGGCUGACACACUUUGGUAUGUUUAGGUCUGAUUUUAUAAGUAAGUAGUUUUAAGUGAGGUGAAAUUCGGGGUAAGCAAGACACAUCAGACUCCUGAAAGGGGGACAGUCGUCUGGCAAGGUUGAGCGCCACUGCCCUAGGGAUGCAGGGCCUAUUUGCUACAGCAGAUGUUGCCGGCUGCAUCAGACUUAGCAGGUUUUGUUGUUAAUACGAUUCCCUCCCACUCAGUAUUGAGAGGGGACAAUAAAAUUUCCCUUGUGACUUCAAUCUGGAUUUACACUCUGAUCUCCAAGGCGAAAUGCAAACGCAUUCGCCAGAAAGCCGCAUUUGGUAGUGCACUGGCAGAGUUGUGGAUCCACGAAAGUGCAGUGGGAGAAGGGAACGUGGGCUUGCGAGGGGAUUCUUACUAACCAGCUUGGAGCUGCACAGACUAGACGCUCGUGCCCAAAGCAGCUUACAACUGAAAUAAAUGCACAUCUCCACGGACAGGCAAUAGAAGAGCCUACACGUGCUCCGCAGCAGCCAGCGCUAACAGUGCUGCUUUCACUAGCGCUUAAGGUCACUAAAAAAAUGCACAAAAUAAAAAGUUACUGAGCACGAGAACGGCCAGACCGGGUCAGCCCAAAGGUCCAUCCAGCCCAGUGUCCUGUCUGUGACAGUGGCCAAUGCCAGGUGCCCCAGAGGGAAUGAACAGACCAGGGAAUCCUCAAGUGAUCCAUCCCCUGUCGCCCAUUCCCAGCUUCUGGCAAACAGAGGCUAGGGACACCCUCCCUGCCCAGCCUGGCUAAUCGCCAUUGAUGGACCGAUCCUCCAGGAAUUUGAACCCAGUUAUAGUCUUGGCCUUCACAACAUCCUCUGGCAAAGAGUUCCACAGACUGACUGUGUUGUGUGAAGAAAUUCUUCCUUUUGUUUGUUUUAAACCUGCUGCCUAUUAAUUUCAUUGGGUGACCCCUAGUUCUUGUGUUAUGAGGAGUAAAUAACACUUCCUUAUUUACUUUCUCCACACCUGUCGUGAAUUUAUAGACCUGAAUCAUAUCCCCUCUCAGUCGUCUCUUUUCCAAGCUGAGAAGUCCCAGUCUUAUUAAUCUCUCCUCAUACGGAAGCUGUUCCAUACCCCUAAUCAUUUUUGUUGCCCUUUUCUGAAUGUUGUCCAAUUCCAAUAUAGCUUUUUUGAGAUGGGGCGACCACAUCUGCACGCAGUAUUCAAGGUGUGGGCCUACCAUGGAUUUAUAAAGUGGCAACAUGCUAUUUUCUGUCUUAUUAUCGAUCCCUUUAACGAUUCCCAACAUUCUGUUCGCCUUUUUGACGGCCGCUGCACAUUGAGUGGAUGUUUUCAGAGAACUAUUCACACUGACUCCCAGAUCUCUUUCUGGAGUGGUAACAGCUAAUUUAGACCCAUCAUUGUAUAUGUAUAGUUGGGAUUAUGUUUUCCAAUGUGCAUUACUUUGCAUUUAUCAACAUUGAAUUUCAUCUGCCA